AUGGCAUCCUCAGAGGGAGAUCGCGCCCAGGUCGUGGCGCAGGACACCAUUGAGCCCAGCUCUACGGCAACCGCUUUCCAGCAGCAGCGCUUGGAGAAGCAAUCGAGCUCCGGCAGCAGUAGCGCUGAUGCACACGCCGACUUGAAGAACGUCUCGAACCCCGUUGAGCAGUAUGGCGUCGACCCAGAGAAGCAGAGCACGAGGGUUGGCUCGUUGCGGGCUAGAUCCGAGUUGGAGGACGAGAGGGGGCCGCUGGCCAGGUUGUGGCACCGGCACUGGAAGAAGCUGGCCCAGUUGGUCACAUUCAUGGUAUUCACCGCCUGGUGGAUUUACGGCCUCGUUUUCUUCCGCUUCGCUGACGGCAAGGGCUGGUUGAUACCGACCUUGAUCUACAUCGCCCUCGUCAUUCGGCUCAUCACCCUCUACAUCCCCGCCUCGCUCGUGCUGCGCCCCGUCCGCUGGCUCUGGAAGCUCACCGCGGUCAAAGUCUACGACGCGAUUCCGGCAAAACUGCACAAGCCGAUUGCUGCCCUCGUGAGCGUUGCCGUCUUCCUCAUUGGUACUUUGGUGCCUGAAGAGACGGGAGACAAUACGCGAGCUAAUCGCGGCGUCUCCAUCUUCGGCUUCAUCGUCUUGCUAGCGGUGCUGACCGCCACCUCGCGCAACUGGAGAAUCAUCCCAUGGCACACAGUCAUUGGCGGCAUGUUGACACAGUUCGUUGUCGCUGUUUUCGUGCUGCGCACACAUGCCGGCUACGACAUCUUCAAGUUCAUCUCGGACAUGGCACGUGCGCUUCUCGGUUUCGCCAAAAAUGGUCUCGAGUUCUUGACCGAUGCCGAUUUUACCGCGACGCCAUGGUUCCUCGUCAGCGUGAUCCCGGCCAUCAUGUUCUUUAUCGCCCUCGUACAGAUGCUCUACUAUAUCGGCUUUCUGCAGUGGUUCAUCAAGAAGUUCGCCAUUUUCUUCUUUUGGAGUCUGCGAGUCUCGGGCGCCGAGGCCGUCGUGGCCGCCGCAACACCGUUCAUCGGCCAGGGCGAGUCGGCCAUGCUUAUUCGCCCCUUCAUGAACAAUUUGACCAUGGCAGAAAUCCAUCAGAUUAUGACUUGCGGCUUUGCGACUAUUGCCGGGUCCGUGUUGGUGGUGUAUAUCGGAAUGGGCUUGAACCCCCAGGCGCUGGUGUCGAGUUGCAUCAUGUCCAUCCCCGCUACUCUGGCCGUAUCCAAGAUGAGGUAUCCCGAGACGGAGACGCCCGUGACGGCCGGCAAGGUUGAGGUGGCCGCGAGCGAAGAUGAAGAACAUACUGUCAACGCGCUCCAUGCCUUUACCAACGGCUCCUGGCUGGGCCUGAAGAUCGCCGCCACCAUCAUUGCUUGUCUUUUGACAAUCAUUGCUCUUGUCGCCUUGGUCGACGGCCUGCUGGGCUGGUGGGGCAGCUAUUGGGGUCUGGAUGACCCUAAGCUUUCCCUGGAGUUCAUCCUUGGAUACCUCUUGUAUCCGGUAGCGUGGCUGCUGGGCGUGCCAACCAAGGAUCUACGGUUGGUCGGUGAACUCAUCGGCAAGAAGAUCAUCGUCAACGAGUUUGCUGCCUUUGACAUGCUGUCCACGAAAGAACCCUACAUCAGCAUGGCUGCGCGCUCAAAGCUGAUUGCCACCUACGCCUGCUGCGGGUUUGGCAAUAUCGGCUCCCUCGGCAUCCAGAUUGGUGUGCUCUCCCAGAUCUCCCCGAAGCGUUCUGGCGACGUUGUAAAGGUCUCCAUAUCGGCAUUCGUGUGCGGCGUCCUGUCUACCUUGACCUCGGCCAGCAUUGCUGGCAUGCUCUUUACAGACGGAAUGUCCUAG